AUGCCUUCCCAACGACGCAUGAGGGCACUGCUCUACAUCGCCUUAGCCGGCUUCAUUACGUUGCUCUUCUUCACCUCACGUGCUCGCCAUGCCCAAGAGCCCGAUCCGCGUUCGAUCCAAGACUUUUACCAGAAGACGAAAAAUGCAAUGGAAGGGACGAGGAUAGGCGGCGGCAGUAGGAGGGGACAAGCGGUGGUGAACCCACAUAAGAUGGAGAUUGACGAGGACGAUGCGAUUGUGGCCAAGGCUAUGCAGGAACGCCUCAGGAAAGCAGAGCAGAUGGCAAAGAACAACGCUAAUGCAAAGGCCCCCAACAAGCCCGACGACCCCGAAGAUAUCGUUGGCGUUGGCAGCUCGGCUCACGGACAGAACCAUCUUUCCAAGGGAGAGGAGUCCAGCGAGACCGAGGAGCACCACGCGGUCCUGGAGGAACUUAGGAACAUUCUCAAGAAGUCACCAAUCAUCAUUUUCUCCAAAAGCUAUUGCCCUUACUCAAAGAAAGCGAAGAAUCUUUUGCUGGGUGAAUACCAGAUCGACCCUGCGCCCUUCGUCGUCGAACUGGACCAACACCCGUUGGGCCCCGGAAUCCAGGCUGAGCUCGGCGAGAGGACAGGAAGAAGGACGGUUCCCAACAUUCUCGUCGGCGGUAUUAGCAUAGGAGGCUCCGACGACAUCGCCAAGCUUGACGAGGAAAGAACCCUGAUCGAGAAGAUAAUGUCACUGGCGGGGAAGCGACUCACAGUGACAAAGCACUCGGCGUAG